UACCAAGAAAAUAAUCCUUUUCACCCCCAACUCCCCAUCCUCUUGGAGGCGUCAGCUCCCGCUCCUCCUCCCUCAAUUACCACCAACACCGCCGUCCGCGGCAGCGCUCGUCCCGUCUCCCUUCCUUACACGCGGCGGCACCGGCGACGGCGGCCUCUCCCCCUCUAGAGAGCAGUCUCCUCUUCUCGCGCUCGUCCCGCGAGGGUUGAAGAGGAAUACCCAAGUAAAGAGACUUUACUUUGUUCACGCGUUUCAAUUUGAGUAGCAGAAAAUGGUUACAGGGUUGAUCAAUGCUAACCCCAUAGUGUACGAAAGAAAAGAGAGGCGGGUUCGAAGUGCACCAACAGACAUAGAUGAAUAUGCUGAAGAGCCUAUAGAUCAACUAGAGAUCUUUGAUCAUAUCAGAGAUAUAAAGGACCCAGAACACCCAUAUUCAUUGGAAGAACUGAAAGUGGUCACAGAAGAUUCAGUUGAAGUUAAUGACAGGCACAGUUAUGUUAGGGUCACUUUUACCCCGACAGUUGAGCAUUGCAGUAUGGCAACUGUUAUUGGACUUUGCUUACGUGUAAAACUUUUGCGUAGUCUUCCUUCUCGUUACAAGGUUGAUGUUAGGAUAGCCCCUGGAACACAUGCGACUGAAGCUGCUGUAAAUAAGCAGUUGAACGACAAGGAACGUGUAGCAGCAGCAUUAGAGAAUCCCAACCUGUUGGAAAUGGUUAACGAGUGCUUAGCACCAACCUUUGCAUGAUGGGUAGUUGUGUGCAGAAUUGCGGGGGAUGGAUGAUUUAAUUUGUUUGCACGGUUGUAUACAGAAGAAAUAAUUGGUCAUCCUUUCAGAAUCCAACGAUUACUGUCAGUUCCCUCGGAUAAUGCCAGAUUAUACAUGGGUAAUUUUCGAGCUCUGUUAAGGUCGACCACAGGUGGAUCCAACUACUUUCCUUGUUUGUGUCUGUACUUUUUGGAACUCAUGUUGUGAUUAUCCAAAAUACGUUACAAUGAUUAGUAAAAUACAAUGCUAUCAUAUGCUUGAAGUGCACAGUGAUGAAGAUAAUACAUAUUUGUGGUAUGAAUUCUUAAAAAGAAUGAAGGGUUGCUAAGUCUUUAGUGUGGUAUUAAA